AUUUUGUCUAUGUUCGUCACCGACGCUCACAGACAGCUUGCCAAACUUUGUACCAAAUAUUCCAAAGGUCAAGAUUGGCCACCGGCGAGCUGAUUAAGCGAAAGAAAGAAAAAAAAAAAUCACGCCGCUACGGAACAAAGGAUCCUUUCAAAUCGAAAAGGCCUUGUACGGUAUGACAAGCCACAAGAACAAGAGAUGUUAACGCGCGGUAAAAUAAUUCCACUUACCGACGUGCGUGCCGGGUUUUUGCCUGGAUCCUUCUUCUCACACGGAAGAGAAGAUUUUUGUUACCCCUGGGGAAAGGGGGAAAAUCUCUCCAUUUGCCCAUUUUUCGGUCGAGGGAGCGGAGCUUUUUUGCUCCUCGAUUUCUUGCUCAGUGUCAUUGUCAAAGCCUCGCCCGUGCAGCAGCAUUGUUUGUUUGUUGGCAUAUCGAUUCCAAGCCAGUGUUGCUCGGCACCUCUCCUCGUCGCUUUAUAGACAGGGAGAGGAGGACAAGAAGAGAGUGAGCGAUUCCUCCAAGUGGGUCGCGGGCGACGCGCAAUCCGGGCGCGACCCACAUCGCAGCGCCGCCGGAUCGAUGAACCCUCGAGCGCGAUUGGGCGGCGCAGGUAGGAAAUGGAUCCGAUCGAGCAGCAGGGGAUGCGGGAUUGAUAGAACAGGGGAAAAAUGGAGAUGGGCUGAGAAGAGGAAUCAUGGCUCCUCCACAGCGGAGUCGCGAUCCCUGGGCUCGCGAUGGGGGCGGCGAUGACGCCGAGAUCUCGUAGCCUGGAUCGCCGCCAUCGAGCGCGGCGGGCGCCUACAAUGCUCGUCGCGGCAGUGAUUGAGCUCCUCGUCCUCUGGGCGGUUCUUGGGCGAGCGGCAUUGCCAGGAUCCCAGACCCAGAGCCUGCUGCGCCUCCAGAAGCUCCUGGGGGAUCCAUCGGCGCUGGGCGGGUGGAGCGCCAACACGUCGUUUUGCUCGCUGCCGCCAUCGCCGAUGCUCAACGUCUCGUGCGCCUACGCGGAUCAGUCGGGAACCCAGACCGUGAUCUUGCUCCAGAUUGUGGGUGACAAGCUUCCAAUCACGGUGGAGCAAAAGGAGUCGGCCAACUACACGGAAUCACAGGUCCGCCUCCCGGACGACUUCUCGAUCAUCACUCUGGCCAACACGCUCGUCAAGUUCCCCGACCUCCGCACGCUCACGCUCGUCUCCCUCGGCAUCUGGGGCCUCGUCCCCGCCAGCCUCGACCACCUCCGCUCGCUCGAGCUCCUCAACCUCAGCUCCAACUUCCUCUCCGGCUCCAUCCCCGACCGCUUCGCCUCCCUCGGCAGCCUCCAGUCGCUCGCCCUCGACAACAACAUCCUCCGCGGGACCUUCCCCACCGCGCUCAACGUCCUCCCCAACCUCGACACCCUCCAGCUCUCGCACAACCAGAUCGCCGGCACCAUCCCCUCGCAAAUCUCCCUCUUCGCCAGCCUCAAGACGCUCGACAUGGACCACAACUUGCUCUUCGGCGCGCUCCCGGACUCCAUCUCCAACAUGAGGGUGGCGGAGACCAUCUCCAUCUCGGACAACUUCCUGGCCGGCGUCGUACCAAACUUGAGCCGGGUGGCGAGCCUGCGCACUCUCAACUUGGCCGGGAACCAGCUCGGCCCCUCCUUCCCGGGCCUCGGCCAGGGCCUCGUCUCCGCCAACCUCGAGAGGAACCGCUUCUCCGACUCCAUCCCGGACAGCCUGCGCGGCCUCUCCCAGCUCAAGCUCCUCAACCUCUCGCUCAACUCCAUCCCCGGGGCGCUGCCGGGAUGGAUCUUCUCGCUGCAAAGUUUGGAGACGCUGGUGCUGGAUCACAACCGGCUGUCCGGGACUCUUCCCAGUGCUGUGACGCUGGCGAGCGGGCUGCGAUACGUGGACAUCUCCACGAAUCUUUUGAUGGGGGAGGUCCCCGCGGAGCUGCGGUCCGGGAGGAUCACGUUGCAUGUCGAGGAAAACUGCUUCUCCGGGCAGGAGAUCCAGCUCCAGCAGCAGCAGCCGCAAGAGUAUUGUCUCAAGGCGCAGAGGAUGAUACCGGUUGGAAGUGGUGGUGGGAGUGGAGGUGGCGGAAGCUCUGGCGAUGGUGGAAGUGGGGGACCGGGCUCUUCUUCUGGUGGAUCCAAGCGGCGGUGGAAAGGUGGCGUUGUAGCUGGGAUCGCCGGCGGAGUCAUGGCCGUGGGUGCUGCCAUGGCUUUACUGCUGGUGAUACUGCUGCGCUUCUCCAAGAGAGGGAAGCUCAAGCUCAAGCAUGCGGCUGCUACUUGUGCGAACAACUCGUGUGCUGAUACGGCCUCGGUGGGAGUUCCCGUGGAGCUCCUCCAUAGCACGAGAUACUUGGCUCAAUCCGGGACUGUCGGAGCAACCGGACCAAACCAAUGUCGGGUUUUCUCGCUGCUGGAGCUGGAAGAGGCCACGAGUCGAUUCAGCCAAGGUUUACUCAUUGGAGAGGGCGAGUAUGGAAAGGUGUUCAGAGGAAAGCUUGACGAUGGAACGCUGGUCGCGAUCAAAUGCCUGGUUAUCGAUUCGAGGCAGGAGAUGAAGCAGCUCAAGGCACAUUUGGAGUUCCUGUCGAGGAUCCGACACAGGCACUUGGUCAGUCUCUUUGGCUACUGCCUCGAGCGAGAGAAGGAUGGACCCCAGCACCGGCGGCUCUACCUCGUCUCCGAGUUCAUCGAUAAUGGCACUCUUCGCAGCCAUCUCUUCAAGCGAAAAUUGAAGGAGUCUUUAACGUGGCAAAACCGGCUGGUCGCGGCUCUCGGCGCCGGCCGGGGUAUACACUACCUUCACACGGGCGUCGUGCCGGGGAUUUUCAACAACGACGUGAGGAUCACGAACAUUUUGCUGGAUCACAAUUUUGUAGGAAAAGUGAGCGAUUUUGGAUUAGCCAGGCAUCCCGAGAGCGAGUCGUACCAGUCGUAUGGAUCCGACCAUGUUUUCACACACAACGCUGUCACAUACAUCGAUUUGGAUCACAGUAACAGGAAGCUGGCCACGGACAAGAGAGAUGUGUAUAACUUUGGACUUACAUUACUCGAGAUUGUUCUCGGGAGACCACCAACCGUAGACAAUCCCAUGGCCAUGAAACCCAAAGUCCAAGAGCUCGAGAUGAUGCUGACGGACAGUGUGUUUCGGACGGAGAUGGUGGACUCGGCGAUCUCGGGAACUUGUUCCGAGGAUUCUCUGUCGACGGUGCUGGAGAUUGCUGCAAAGUGCCUGUCGAGUGACCUCACCGCCAGGCCCUCGAUGGAAGACGUCCUGUGGAACCUCCAAUAUGCAGUCCAAGUCCAAGACCAAAGAUUUAGUGGAGAGUACCUCGAAGACUCCAGUGGAAGAGAAUAAACUCCGUCGGCAAGGAAGAGCAAGGACGCGCACUAUUAAAUAACACCAACACACGAAGAUAUUAGAAAAGCAGAGA